AGGGGAUUCAGGCGACGCAGGGGUCGGCGGGGGAAGGCCGGGCCACCAUGAGCGGCGGCGUCGUUCAGGAAGAGGUGGCCGUGUUAGAGGCCAUCUACUGUGCAAAAGGCGAGCUGGAGGUGCGAGAACGUUCAGUUACAAAUGGGAUAACAUUGGCGCUCAACAUUUGCUGCGAGUCAAGGGGUGUGCGGUACCCACUGCGCACCCUCAUCCGCCUGCCGCCUGGCUACCCAACGCGACAACACCUAGACGUGGUGUCGUUGCAUGUGGACGGAGCGGCGAGCUCGGCUGCGCUGACGAGGGAGCAGUGCAGGACUCUUCUGCACAACAUCCGCCAGCGAGCCUUCGCCCUCCCGCCACAGCCGGCCGUGCACGACCUAGCCUCGUGGCUUCAGCAGAACUUUGAGACGUUGCUUCACGUCGGAGGGGUCACGAUAACAGCAGAGCAAGAGGAAUAUGGCAAACAUCUUUGCUCAGAAGCUGCAUCACCUGGGAAUAAAGAUGGAAACAUAUCCGCGAAGGAUUUGGAAGUGAAGGGGACGGUUGCCCUGUUGCGUCUGGAUCACAUGCGAGCACGGGCCCGGUACACACGGACCAUCGAGGGUUGGGUGGCCAAAUUGGGCCUGAUGGGACGCCUGCUGUUCUACAACAAAUUAAUCCUUGUCCUGCUGCAGGGCAGCCUCUGCAGUAUUCGAGAGUAUAUUGUGUUGCAGAAAACAAGCAAGGUAGAUGUAGACUCCAGUGGGAAGAGAUGCAAAGAGAAGAUGAUGAGUGUGCUUUGGGAGGGUACCAUGUCUACACGGCAAUACAGGUUCAGUGAUUUCUGCGUGCUGGAGAUUAGCAGUACAAAUGAGCUGGGGAAAGUGUUUGAAGAGGCUCAGCUUGGCGAAUUAUACCACCAGUGUGUGAUGCCGACCCUGCCUUGAUCUGCCGCAAGAUUGCACAGCGCUUCCACGUCGCGACAGCGCUCAGUCCAUUAGCCUUUUAUCUUACACCACCUAACAACUAUUUCCACAGAGUAAGUCUGUGAUGUAAAUAUGUUUAUAUAUGUAAUGCAACCAUGUUGGAUGGGCUAUAAUGGAUACAUGUGACAACAUUAUCAGUGUAAACAUCAAAGUUUUGUUUACAUUUCGUUUUUUUUUGCUGCUUUGGAAAAUAGAAAUGAACAGUGUCUUAAAUAAACAUGUUGGGGAAAAAGGCCAUAGUCAUGGAAAUGUACACCACUUUAACAAAAUUUCCACUAUAUUUGGGUAAGCAUGUCUAAUGUUAUCACUUUGCAUCUUCAUCCGAGUAAAUGGUCAGCCAUUUCACGGCUAAUUUGAGAUUUACCUGGAUGACCACAUUUUUCAGAUACAUUUAACCUUUUUUUAUUUAGGAGAUUACUUGUUACAACUGGCAGAAUUUUACGGCUAAUUCUUAAUGAGUUUAUUUUAAAUAGAGUAAACUAUAUUCUUUGGGUCUUUCGGUAAAGCCACGUAGAUAGAAAACCCAAAGAAUAUGAAUCCCUGCAGUCACGAAAGCUUUAAGUCAAGAGUAAACUAUGUUAUAGAUGUUGCUCCUGCAGAUAUACAUUUUGUUAUGAAAUUAUUUUAAUGGUUAUCCUUUGUGCAAUAUGCCUAUUCCACAGAUUGAUAUGAGAUGUAUUCUACAUAUGCAUUCCCACUCCCACUGCUAAAAUAAUUACAUAUUUUAAAUUGCCAUGAUUGGGAGCAUCUAUGCACAUAACGCACCACUGAUCAAAUAAAAUGCUGGUACAUUU